AUGAUACCGAGGGAGAUGCAGGAUGACCAGGAUCUCGCGUUCAUGGACCAGGCGGUGGUCAUGGCCGAGGAGGCUCUUACAGCUCGCGAGAUUCCUGUCGGAUGUGUUCUCGUCCACGACGGCAAGGUCGUUGCGCGCGGACGCAAUCGCACGAACGAGGGACGGAACGCGACCCUCCAUGCAGAGUUCGACGCCCUCAGACACCUCCUUCCCGACCGCUCGCAUGCUCAGACACCGGGCUUGACACGACCAUACACGCCGCAAGCGGAGGACGUGAUCGCAGCGGCGGCGGAGAAGGAGGGACCGGUCGCGGGAGGGAGGAAGAUCUGGCAGACCCCGCUCAAGGGCGUCGUGCUGUACGUGACCGUCGAGCCGUGCCUGAUGUGCGCGUCGGCGAUGCGUCAGGUCGGCAUCGAGAAGGUCGUGUACGGCUGUGCGAACGACCGGUUCGGUGGGACAGGCGGCGUCCAGUCGAUCCACUCCGACCCACGACUACUGUACGCUCCGCCGUACCCGGCAGUCGGCGGCUACCGGCGCGAAGAAGCGAUCAUGCUGUUGCGGCGGUUCUACAUCUCGGAGAAUUCGACAGCGCCAAAGCCGAAGAAGAAGUCGAAUCGCGUUCUCAAGACAGAGAUCCCUGGCGUCGUCUCAACUCCCUCUUCCCCUGCUUCCUCCCUCUCCCGAACUUCCACCCCGGCACUUUACCCCGAACCUACACCAGCGCCUGUCAAUCUCCCGCCACCCGUACCCACCGUCUAG